AUGCGACGAGCCGCAUUGACAGUACCAUCUACCUCCUUUUCUCAACCGAUUGAGGUGGACAGCAAUUAUGCUGAAGAAACCCCCCCUGCAACACGCGAGCCUCAAGCCAAGCGACAACGACACCCUGCCUCUCAGGCUGUUGCGCGGACUGCCCGACUUGUGCGGACCCCGCAAGUUGCAAGAGGAGGUCAACACAAUGCCCCGCCCAACAUUACACCCAGCCGUAUCAUCCCUGAUGACCCCGUUCGCACCCAUCACAUCGGUCAACCAAAUCCCCCUCCAAACAUUACACCCAGCCGUAUCAUCCCCGACAAUCCCGUUGGCACCCAUCCACCUCCUGUCAUGUCCCGUCAAGCUGCGCCCCAUGUGGGUCGGGGGGCCCCCAUGGCGAUUGUAGAUCCACAGUUUCAACCUGCGAACUUCCCCCCCGGCCGAGUGCCAACCAUCACCCCCACACGAGUCAUCGCAAGUGAUGACAAUCACCACCAAGUAGGAAACCCAAAUGUAAAAUUAGAAGACUUCGAUCCCCCACUCCCAAGGUCCAAAGACGAAGACGACCCCGAUGACGAAUCCUCAGAUGAAGAAGGCCGUACCGUGUACGGAAGUCUUGACGGCUUCAUUAGACCCCCGCCGCCCCGCAAAGCCCAACCCCAAAACACAAACCUACCCAAAGACAGGGAUUUUCCAACGCCCCCGCCCGCUGGGCGUCAGCCAACCCCUGCCCCACCUCGACGAGCUGGUCUAGGGGCCGGAGACGCCCUUGUGGAGUCCUUGCUUGCGUCAGCUGACCUUUCAGACACCGAUUUACAGCUGGCACGCCAACUAUUUGUUGCGCAGGAAGAAACACUAUGGAAACUCUCUGUAGUCAUGUGGCUGAGGCAACGCCCCACCCACACUCCAAACAACAAUCCGGUCAUUGCCAAUGGCGCCACCGCGCAUGUGUAUGGGACGGUUAUCAGGGAGCUGAUGGGGAUUGCCUGGCAGACAAGAGUCCGCCAAAGAAUCCGAGAAAUCCUGCUCGAACACACCUUGGAGUCCUACAGUCGACUGCAGUCGGUGCACGGCCUGCCAUUUGGACAAUCACCGCUUCCGCUGGCCAAGCAACCAGCGGCCUUUAGGAGGCAAAACCUCCCGCCGGGUCUCCCCAACAACCUCGAAUCCAUGGCGAGCCUGGUGACAUUUUUGCGUGCCAUGGUGAAGCACGAAAGAACGCACAUGCGUAGCUUGCUUCUCUUCAACGUCCGGCAGGAGACUCGGGUCCGCGAGCUGGGUCCGGUGCCCAAGCUCUUUGACCUGGUUGUCCAAAUCGAUCGACAAUUCAAACCACGAGCCGCCUUGCGAACGCCCGAAGAAAUCCGCGCGGAACUGCAUGAUGGAGUCAGGGUAAGGAUUGCGAUGCUGCGCAUCAUUACAAUCCACCAUCUUGUGCACCGGGCGCCUGGAGAUAUGAGGUCACAAUGGGACCUCAUCGACAAUCACCUUGAGGCAGUGCGGGAAAAACCGUAUCUUGAAAUGCAAGCGCAUGCGGUGCUUAUUAUCCGCAGAGACCGCGAGCUUUUCCCCGGAAACAUCAUGUUUGCUGAUGUUCCGAUCGAGUUGGUCCAGAUCCCCAGCGCUCUUGAAACCGAUAUAGAGGCGCGGGUCAUGGAGUCUGAACUGGGCCCAAAUCCGACCCAUGCACAGGUCGAUGCAAUUCUCGCAAGGGAGAUCGCCCUUGGCAAUUAA